AAAAGCGAAACUAAUAUACGAUCUAAUUAAGAGUGACGGUGUAGAAACAGGAAAUAGCAAAGGUAAUAUGAAAUCGAAAGGACAGUUAUCUUCUAGUACUAUUGUGCAAUGGACUAACUAUCAUCAACUCUUUCUUGAAAACCUGUCAGAUUAUUUGGUUGACCCACCUGUGAUGGCUUACCCAGAUUUUACCAAACCGUUUAUUGUGUGCACUGACGCGUAUGAAGGGGGACUGGGAGCCGUGCUGUACCAAAGUCAAAACGGUGAAACAAGAGUUAUUGCGUUUGCUUCUCAAAGCUUGACACGCGCCGAAAGAAAUUACCAUCACCAUUCGGGCAAGUUGGAAUUCCUUGCACUAAAGUGGACGAUCUGUGACCAUUCUCGAAACUAUUUGUAUUAUGCCUCGGAAUUUACAGUCUAUACUGACAACAACGCACUCACGUACAUCUUGUCUUCCGCAAAACGUAAUGCAACGGGUUUACGUUGGGUCGGAGAACUGGCAGAUUUCAAUUUCACUAUCAAAUACCGCCCCGGUAAAGUGAACACUGAUGCAGACGCGCGCGCUGUCAAGUUUUUACCAAAUGUCGAUAGUUAA